UCCAGUUUAAUUUACCGGGUUUAGACAUUUAAACAGACGUUAGCAGCUUAGCUUAGCUUCCGUUUACUGUUAGACUGAAACAGGAAGAAGCACCGCGAUUCACUGGUGUAUACUGGAGUAAACAGAAGAAAACAGAAGAUGUUGAGGAGGAAACCAACUCGUCUGGAGCUGAAGAUUGAUGACACCGAGGAGUUCGAGAGUGUCAAGAAGGAGCUCGAGGCCAGGAAGCGUCAGCGAGAGGAAGCGGAGUCAGGUGGCGGAGUGGGCGGGGCAUCUGUCAUCAGUGUUGACAUCAUCGGGGGUGGAGCGUCAGCUUCAGCAUCUUCCUCCACAGCAGUGACGAGGGCGGAGCUCAUCAACGAACGAAUCGGCUACAAGCCCCACCCCAAACCAGCAACGCUGCCGACCUUAUUUGGAAGUCUACAGUUUUAAUAAAAUAAAAAUAAUGUUUAAAGAGAAAAGGUGGUUUGUUUAUUUGGUUUCUGUUGUUAUGGGACGUUUUACAACAUAUAGAAAAAAAAUUUCAGAAUAAAAGCUGGAAAAUUAAUCAAUGUCACGUCACUUUCCUCAAAAUUUUUGUAUAAAUAUUCUUUUAUAAUAAAACCAGCUGGAGACACACAGAAGAUUUUCAUUCCAAAUUAUUUAAUUUUUUUUAGAAAUUUAUUCAUUUUUACUUAUCUCCCAAGUUCGUGAAAAAAAGUUUUAAUUAGAAAAAGUGAAAACAUCAGUGACAUGCAAACAAAAUCUACUGAUCGUGUCGUUGAAGUUUGUUUAUAAUAAUUUAUCAGAUUUAAAUUAUUUCACUCUGAAAUACUCAAGUUUGUUGUGAUGAAUUCAUUUUUUUUUAAUUUGGUAAAAUGUUUUAUUUGGUAAA